AUGACCUCAAGCAUCGUUGUCUACGGCGGUUCUGGCGCUCUCGGCCGCGCCAUUGUCUCGCACUUUAUCAAGCAGCAGUGGGCUGUCACCUCGGUCGAUUUCAAUGCUAACCAGGAGGCUACCACCAACAUCUUGCUCGAGAAGAACGAUACUUUGGAGCAGCAGGGAGAACGUGUUGUUGGCGCCGUUAGCGGUCAGGUUGACGCGAUCGUCUGCGUUGCCGGUGGAUGGGCUGGCGGAAACGCUGCCUCCAAGGACUUGUUUGCCAACUCCGAGUUGAUGUGGAAGCAGUCUGUUCACUCAUCCCUGGUUGCCUCCCACCUGGCCUCUAAGUCCUUGAAGGCUGGCGGUUUGUUGACUUUGACUGGUGCCUUCCCUGCCCAGAAGGGUACCCCCUUCAUGAUCGGUUACGGUAUGGCCAAGGCUGCCGUCCACCAGUUGGUUGCCAGUUUGGCUGGACCUGACUCUGGCAUCCCCGCCGACGCCAAGGUUAACGCCAUCCUUCCCGUUACCUUGGAUACCCCUAUGAACCGCGCUGGCAUGCCCGGUGCCGACUUCAGCUCGUGGACUCCCUGCUCCGAGGUUGCCGAGACCCUCUAUGGAUGGGCAACAAACGCCAUCCCCGUCACCUCGGGCAAGCUUGUCGAGAUUGUCACCAAGGAGAGCAAGACUACUUACACCGAGAAGUAA